CUUACAUUGGUGUGUAUGGUAUGGUUUCGUACCAUGCUUUGUAUAUUAUUGUUAUACACUGAUCACUUGAUGCAUAGUGAACGCCGUCUAUACUAACUUUGGUGAACACUAGUGCCUAUUCGCAGUCUAUGUUGGCAUUUUAAGAUGAGACUUAGCGCAAGAUUAUUUAUUCUACGAGGACGUUCAAGGCUACCAAGUGAUCCAAACGAAAGCGAGCGUCUGGUUAAAUACGGUGAACGAAAAUGGAGAGAUUUUCAAUCCCCUGUGGUUGACCCGCCGUAUUGGUACAAAUGGAGCAAAGAUUCACCUUACCACCCAGUUGAACAACAAAAAAUUCUAAAAGGAGAAUAUUUACAAUGGUACCGGUACAAUUUCCACAAGCAAAAAGUGAUACCACCAGAUGCGUGGCUGUUUCGCGUUGGAGAUAAAGUGGAAAUUUUGACGGGAAAAGAUAAAGGAAAACAAGGGGAUGUAAUUCAGGUUGUACAGCAGGGAAACAUAGUAGUGGUUGGAGGUUUAAAUUGUGAAAGAAUAAAAGGCAGAGAUGGGAUGCUGGUAAGACAAGAAAAACCUUUGGAGCACCAUGAGGUGACUUUGCUAGAUCCAAAAGAUGAAAAACCGGUUGAUGUUGAAUUUAGAGUGAAUGAAAAUGGACAGAGAGUGCGAGUAUCUACGCGAUCAGGUUAUAUUAUUCAUUGGCCGCCUGAAAUACUGUGGGACGGAACUCCGAAAACAGAAUACGAAUGCCAAGAUAAAGAUACAACUUACGAAAAUGCAUGCGAGAAAACAUACAAACCAACUCUGGAUAACUGGCAAGAUGAACUGAAAAAAAUAUAUAAAAUUUCUGAUUCUCCUAGACGAGAAACGUUCUGGUACUAGUUCAACAUUGUGUAAUCGUGUAUUGUGUAUGUUUAUAAUAAAAAAAUACUUAAGUUG